UACGAGACCAAUUUUUUCCAGUUGGACAUUACUAAUUUCUCAAUGAUGGAGUCUGCGUCGUAUUUUAUCCUCCUAAUAUUUUUAGGAGGUUGGCUAAAAUCUUGUAACUUGGUGGAAGGGGCAGAUCCUAGUGAGGAAGAACUGUUUCGAAGCAACGUGAAUAAUAUUUUGGAACGCUUGACCGUGCAGUUGUCAAACAUGCCUACGAAGGAUGACCUUGCCGCCAUGGAGACUAGAUUUUCACAGCAUUUGGAAAGUCUGCAAAUUGAGAUUAAAAAUCUGGGCAGGUCCGGCAAGCAGGACGGCAGCAAUCACAAGGAAGAAACUAAAAACCAUAAAAGCCAAGGAUCAAUGGACGUUCCAGACGAAGCUGAUUACCGGUCGCACAUACCAGCAUGCGAAGUUCGAAAGGGACCAGGUCACAACUUUGGAGGAGAUAAGGAACACCAGCUCCAACUUAUCUGAAGGGGUAGCCACCAUCUUGAUGGAGGUUGAAAAUUUGAAGUUCUAUAUCAACAAUGUAAGAGGGCAGCGAGCUUAUCAUAAUAUCGGCUGGGUGAAGAAGUUUAAUUCAAAAGCACAAUUCCUUAUGAUCGAAAUAUCUACCAGACUUACCCAGACUUUAACAAAGAAACAACUACGUCCUUCAGCUAUGACAACAAUCUAACUGAUUCAAUGUUUGGGAAU